CAGUGCCUACUAGUAAGGUAUCACGAAGUGACACCGCGGCCUAACCAACCUCCAAGUCAUAGCUGGACUUCUCAGUUUAUCGCAAUGGUCAAAAAGAAGGGAAAGGGAAAGGAGGUAUCCAAAGUAACCGCAAAAGCCGCUAAGAAAGCGAAAGCAGCGCAAAAGGUGGAGAAGAAGGAGAAGAAGAAAGUAAGCAAGACCAAAGACGAAUUCGAGGACGACGAUCAGGAUUUGGAGAGCAUCCUCGAUAGGAUCCAAAGGGAAUGGGAGGAAGCGCAUAAAGUCACCGAAGAGCUCGUGGAGGGACCUCCUAGUCGGCGCGCGAACGCGACGCUCACUCCUUGUCCAAACGGUAACCACCUAUGGUGCAUCGGUGGGGAGUUCUUCAGCGAAGAUGGGAAGGCGUACUUCUACAGCGACGUCUUUCGGUAUUCCCCUGAAAAGAACGAAUGGCGGAAGUUCGUCUCCCCGACAUGUCCUGGUCCCCGCUCCGCUCACGCCGUCGUAGCAAGCCCUGCUGGAGGAGGCAAGCUAUACUUGUUCGGCGGAGAGUUCUCGUCUUUGUACCAGAACUCUUUCCAUCACUAUCGCGAUUUUUGGUGCUUCGAUAUCUCCACACACUCAUGGGAGCGCAUCGAGACCAAAGUCCGUCCGACGGCACGUUCAGGGCACAGGAUGGCGAUGUGGAAGCAUUAUAUCGUCCUGUUUGGGGGGUUCUAUGACCCGGGCAUCAAGACGAACUACCUUAAUGAUCUGUGGAUAUUCGACACGCAAGAGUACAAGUGGAGACAGAUCGAAUUCAGGGACACCGAUCGGAAACCAUCACCGCGAAGCGGUUUUUCGUUCUUACCCACAGCGGACGGCAUCCUCCUGUAUGGAGGCUACUGCAAGGAGUACGUCAAGGGCCAGCGUCCCGUAGGCGUCAUGCUCGACGACACCUGGUUCCUCCGGAUGUCCCUUAAUACCGCUGAAACACCAGACGUCUCAUCCAAACCAUCUUCCAGCAAAUUGUCUGCAGGAGAGCCACUCACCCUCAAAUGGGAGCGGCGCAAGAAGACGGCAUACGCGCCUUCUCUGCGCUCGGGAUGCACGAUGGCGCUCUGGGCGGCCAAAGGAAUGGGUGUGCUCUUUGGUGGGGUGACGGAUGAGGACACGAGCGAGGAGACGAUGGAGAGCGUAUUCCACAACGAUCUGUACGGGUACCAGAUUGCCGGAAAUGGGAAGUGGAUGUCGAUGCUGCUCAAGAAGCCGAAGAAGAAAGUUGGGAACGCGCAGAGGAAGAAGGUGCAGCAGUGGCAGCAGCAACAACAGCAGAAAGGGUCCGAAGCGGAAGAGGACGAUGAGGACGAUGAGGUGGAGGAGGGGAGCGACGUUGAAGGGAGGGACAAGGAGGACCUAACCCCCUCGAAGCCUCAGAAGGCCGCUUCUCUGCCGAAGCCCGUGACGCCCACGCCUCAUCCGGAAGAUGAGAUCGACCCGGACGAUCCAUUACUGACCGUCCCGCUUCCGCGGUACAAUGCGAUGCUCGCCGUACUCCGCAGCACACUCUAUAUCUACGGCGGGAUCUUCGAGAAAGGGUCGCGCGAGUACACCCUCGACGACUUCUACGCGCUCGCGCUCGACAAGCUCGACCGGUACGUGUGCCUGAAGAAGUCUGACAUCGUCAUCGACGACAAGGAGGAGAGCAGCGACGAAGACGAUGUCGAAGACGACGAUGAGGAGGAUGACGAUGACGAUGAGACGACGGAGAUGGACGAUAUGGAGAGCGUGGCGAGCGUCACGGUUGUUGGCGAGGAUGAUGAGAAGGAGGUAGACGUAUUGGACACGAUCGAGGAAGAGAAGGGUGCCGAAGCAUUCCGUGUCCCACAGGAUUUGUUACGGUUGCAGGCGACUGCUUUCAUGGGCGUUGCGAAGGACGCGUCGCGGUCCCCGGAGGAUGUCAUUAGCACGCCUCUUCCCGGAGAGACCCUCGCUAUGUUCUACGCUCGCUCACGCGAGUACUGGGCCGGAAAGGCAUUCGGUACCAGCGACAAUCGCGGAAAGCUGCUCCGGAGAGAUGGCUUUACGCUUGCGGAGGAUCGAUAUGCGGAGUACAAGCCGAUCCUCGAAGAGGUCGAACGCAUCCUCGCGGAAGCGGGUCUGGACGAGGAGGAGAUGCGGAAGGGCGCUGCGGGUGGGCCACACAACCCGAGCGGACAGAGCAGGAAUCGCCGAUGACAGGAACAAGGUGUAUCCCCAACUUGCCGAGUCUGUGUACAGUCCUCAGUUCGUCACACUAUGUUACGAACAACUGCAGCCGACGUGAACGCACUGACUUCGACGAUGGGAAGGAGUGACCUACACAAAUGACUAGAACCCAAGUUCGUGUAGCCACUCUUCGAUCUUGACCAGCCCCUCCUGUUCAGUUACCGCCGCCGCGCCUUUGACAACUAUCUUAUCCACGCCCGGGUCCUUCCAUAGCCUGCUUUCCUUCUCGAGCGCGGGCAGUUUUCGCUUCGUGACCAUGACUCCAACUGGGAAGCUGACCUCGAAGUCGAAUGCGCGCAGCGGUGUUGGAAGCAUGCGCCUGUUCGCCGCGGCGAACGCCUCGUUCGAGGACGGUGGGGAGAUGAGGAGCAGGGCGGAAGCGGGGUGUGACGAGACGUAGGUCUGCGCGAUGAGGGUGCCUCCGUCGCGGGCGAUGAUGACCGGCGCGAAAGGGAUCUCGAGGGAGCGGGCGUGAGCCGCCAUGUCGUCCUCGUACGCUUUCAUGAGAGCUUCCGAUGUAGAUGUAUCUUUAUCGAAGGGGUAUCCGAGAUCAAGCUCGAGACAGGUGUACCCUUUCUCCGCGAACCACGCAGCACACCGGCCCAUCCUUCGCGUGUCUCAGCAUCAUUGGCGGGCGACCGGGACCGUCAGUAGGUAACUAACCCAUUCUUGGAGCGUGGGUCCCAUUCACUUGAGUAGACGAAGAGAAGCGGGAUAGGGACCUGUCGCCGAGCGGAAAGCGAGGGUUUAUGCAAGAGGUGCGUGGUCGUGGACGAUUGCCUGAUGAUGUUGGG